AACCUCUCCUCCAAUCAGCCAGCGGUCAAAACGCAGAACAGAGCAAGCUUUUGCACAAGAACCGGUCGAGCAGCUGUCCAAUUUGUUGGAAACGAUUUUUCGUGAUUUUCCGGGGUAUUUCCUGCCGUAAACAUGUCCAGUUUUAACCUGGCCUCAAUCACAACUGCCCUCGAUGAAACACCGGCAAAAACAGGUGUCAGUUUCCUCGGGAAGGCGCUUAAAUGGGAAACCGAAGCCGGAGCCAAGGAACUGCUGGACGCCAUCGAUGCCUGCACCGGGCUGCACUUCCUCAAUCUGGAGGGCAACACCCUGGGGGUGGAAGCGGCCAAGGGCAUUGCCAAAGCCCUGGAGAAACACCCGGAACUGAAGGAAGCCCUGUGGAAGGAUUUGUUCACCGGCCGGAUGAAGACGGAAAUUCCGCUGGCCCUGAAGGCGAUGGGCGAGGGAAUGAUUGCAGCCGGGGCCCAGCUGACGGUGCUGGACUGCUCGGACAAUGCGCUGGGACCGAACGGGAUGACUGGGCUGGUGGAUUUGCUGAAGAGUGCGACCUGCUAUACGCUGCAGGAACUGAUACUGAACAACUGCGGUUUGGGAAUCGGAGGAGGAAAGAUGCUGUCGAAGGCGUUGCUGGCAUGCCACGCGGCUAGUUCGGAGCUGGGAAAACCGUUGUCCCUAAAGGUGUUCAUUGCCGGGCGGAACCGUUUGGAAAACGAUGGCGCGAAAGCAUUGGCGGAGGUUUUCGGGAAAGUUAGAACUUUGGAACACAUCGAGAUGCCACAGAAUGGAAUCUACCACGUGGGCAUUACGGCCCUGUCGGAAGCAUUCAAAGAGAACGGUAACCUGAAGGUGCUGAACUUGAACGAUAAUACCAUUGGACCGAAAGGGGCAGCGGCCAUUGCAGACGCCAUUUACGAUUUGCAGUGCUUGAGGGAGAUUAAUUUCGGUGAUUGCCUGCUGAAGACGAAGGGCGCAAUGCUACUCGGAGAGGCCUUGCAGGAAGCCCAUACUGACAUCGAGGUGUUGAACUUUGGAUUCAACGAAAUAGGUCCGGAGGGUGGCUUCGCGAUUGCCAACGCUACUUACAACAAGGAUAACCUUAAGAGCUUGAUUCUGGAUGGAAACCAAUUCGGGUAUGAAUGUCGAGAGCAGCUGAGAGAGACUCUGACUCAGUACGAUCGGUUGGAAGCGCUUGGUCCCCUCGAUGACGAUGAUUCCGAAGGAGAAGAGGAGGAUGAUGAGGACGAAGAAGACGAGGAAGAUAUUGAAGAGGAAGAGGAGGAAGAAGACGACAAUGAAGAAUGCGAAGAAAGCGACGAAAGUGAUGCCGGAGAAUCCGAUCAAGCCGAACAGGAUGGAUUCCAGCAGAGCCCUAAUGUAACAGCCGAGCCGGCCAUUCGCAACCUCCUGUCGGAAAACAAUAACGCUUCAACGAUAGACCUUGACCAAUCGCUACCCAACACGGUUGAAGCAUACUGUCAGACACAUUACCCUUCGGAAACCAUGUUCCACUCGUUGGAAGAAUCGAACAAAGCGGAAGCGUUCAAAGAGUAUCUCAAAUCUCUCCCAGAAGAAGACUAUCUGGUUUAUGUGGCCUUCACCAUCCUCAAGCUGUCGGAAAUUUCGGAGAAGAGCAAGGAAGCGCUGGAAGUUUCCGAGGCCCUUUUCGCCGAUGCCUACGAGUACGCGAAAGCCAACAAUCGACUCAAGAGCUUGAGGGACUUCAUGUUGAUCCAGUUGGGUCUACUGAAGUCUGAAGAUCGAUCCUUCAAGCCCGGAUACAACACGCAGGGCUGCCGGUACGCGCUAAAGAAUGCCAUCAAUAAGAACAUCGUGCCGGAAGAGGAACAAGGUUUCUUCAAAGUGUUCCUGGAACACCGAGGCUAGAGGUAUGCUAUCAAACUAUUCCUAAUAAUUGUGUAUGCACAUCAACCUACCUUAUUUUGAUAAUAAUUUAAAAUACCUGAUAAUAAUAAAACAAAUGACAAAAUGAAGGAAA